AUGAUGAAACAGAUAUUUGGACGGCGCAAGGCGUCCAAAACCGCAGACAAGGAGUUCGCUGGCGGGAGGACGUUCAACCAGCUGUCGGGGUCUGGAGGCGCUGACCUGAGUGGCCAGCCACCAAUUCUGCCGGGUACUGGGCACACCUAUGGGAGCGGGAACCGUACCAGGUUCCAAGACUCAAGGAUAAAUGAUGCUUUGUUCUCUUCCAACUUCCGACUGUUGCCGAGCUUUAAGGAUGUGCCCAAUACAGAGAAGCAGAGUCUGCUCAUCAAAAAGCUGAACAUGUGCUGCACUCUGUUUGACUUUAUGGAUGCCGCAAAGAACAUAAAGGAGAAGGAAAUAAAGAUGCUUAUGUUGUUGGAGAUAGAUGAGUAUGUCAGGACUGCUACCGUGAAGUUCCCUGAGGUUGUUGUGGAGGCAAUCACAAAAAUGAUCUCAGUGAACUUGUUCAGGACACUAAUUUCCCCACCCAGGGAGAAGAAGGUGCUUCAAGCUUUUGAUCUAGAAGAGGAUGAACCGUUGAUGGACCCUGCGUGGCCACACUUGUACCAUGUGUAUGAGUUGCUCUUGACAUUUGUUCAGUCUCCAGAAAAUGAUGCUAAACUGGCUAAGAGAUAUAUUGACAAUUCCUUUAUUCUGAGUCUGCUUGAGCUCUUUGACUCCGAGGAUGCUAGGGAGAGGGAUCGCCUUAAGACGGUACUUCACCGUAUCUAUGGGAAGUUCAUGGUGUAUCGGCCAUUUAUCCGGAAAGCUAUCAAUAACAUAUUCUACCAGUUUAUAUAUGAAACAGAAAAGCACAAUGGAAUUGCAGAGCUCUUGGAGAUUUUUGGAAGUAUCAUCAACGGGUUUGCUUUGCCACUCAAGGAAGAGCACAAACUGUUCCUUGUAAGGACCUUAAUCCCACUUCACAAGCCAAGGUGCACUACAGUGUACCAUCGACAGUUGUCUUACUGCAUUACACAGUUUGUUGAGAAAGAUUGCAAGCUUGCGGAUACUGUUAUUAGGGGCCUCAUAAAAUAUUGGCCUGUCACCAACAGCGCAAAGGAGGUACUGUUCUUGGGUGAGUUGGAAGAGAUACUAGAUGCAACACAGCCUGCCGAGUUUCAAAAAUGUAUGGUUCCUCUUUCUCACCAGAUCGCUCGCUGCUUGAACAGCUCUCACUUCCAGGUUGCUGAGAGGGUAUUGUUUUUCUGGAACAAUUCUCACUUCGAGAAUUUUGUUAAGCAAAACAGUAAGGUGAUCCUGCCUAUCAUCUUCCCUGCAUUGGAGAAAAAUAUAAAUGGGCACUGGAAUCAAGUCGUGCAAAGUCUCAGUCUGAAUGUCCGAAAGUUAUUCUCUGAUCGCGACCCUCAAUUGUUUACUGAAUGCUUGCGCAAAUAUGAGGAAGACAAAGACAGAGACAAGGAAUUUAAACUGAAGCAAGAAUUGGCAUGGAAACGUCUAGAUGAGAUUGCAUCUGCAAAAGUCACAAGUGGUGAGGCUGUCCUCGUCCUUGCAGAGUCGUUAGACAUUGUACAGGAUUGGGUUGUAGAUAAAAGGGGGUAUAUGAAGCCACCAAGGCAGAUUCAAGGCAAGUGGGAUGAUUGCUUUGAAGAUGCUUUUAGAUUCAAGGCUGAAGUGGAGAGGACAAAUCCUGGUAGCAUUGUGGACAUUGAGUGGGUUAAAGCUACUAAGAAGAUGAGAAGUGUGGAAGACUACAUAGAUGACUACUAUUUGGCUGCUAAGUUCAAGAAAGCAUAUGAGCAUGUGAUAAAUCCCAUGACAGAUAGAAAUCAGUGGCCUCAAGUUGACAUGGGUUUCAAACUUUGGCCUCCUCGGUUGAAGAGAGCUGCAGGGCAUCCAAGGACAAGAAGGAUGAAAAGUGCUGAAGAAGGAGGCAAGAAAGGUAAACAGAUGCAGUGCAAGAGGUGUGGUCAGUUUGGUCACAUGAUGAAAACCUACAAUGAAACUGUGUAUGACUCUGAUGUACCCCCACCAACCGCACCAAAGCCCAAGAGAGUGAGGACAAAGAAAACCACUGCUACAACAACUGUGUCCACCCAACAGUCACAAAUUGAGGGUGCUACAAACAUAAGUGUUGCAACACCAACUCUAACAAACAGCUCAGCAGCAAACACUAGAAGCCGCAAGAGGUCAUUGGAGUUUGUUGCUGAAACUUCCUCCCCCACAGCAGACCUACAGCAGAAAAAGAAGAUGAAGAAGGUGUUGGCCACCAAGGCUAGGAAGACCACCAAGACAAGCAAGACCACCAAGAAACUGAAGGAUGGGAAAGAGGAAAUAAGCAAGACAGUGACCGUUUCUGAAGAGAUGAAUGGUGGCACUCUCCAGCAGAUCUUGGUAGGCAUCAACACCUUGGCAGGCCUUCACCAUGUCCUUGCCAUCCUUCAUCAUCUCCAGCGCCAUGACAUCACAACAUCUAACCUGACUACAAGCGUGAGGAAAAACACCUUUGGAAACCAAGUACUCGACAUAGUGUUCUUCAAAAUAAACCUCUUUCCCUUGCUACCGGUGUUCUACGAAAUGCGGCCGAUUAGAAUGGUUCUGCACUUGAAGCAAGGUACCAAUGGAAAGAAUGUUGCUAGGUCUCUGUAUGGCUCGAGCAACAAAGGGGCCGAGUGUGGUGCUCCAAAUGACGUGGAAUGCAAGCUCGAUGCCAUGCCAGUAGCCCUAAGCUAA